GAGUGUCAAGACUGGAAGGGGGGUGAAAGUGUGUGGACUGGAAGGGGGGGAAAGUGUCCGGACUGGAAGGGGGGAAAAGUCCGGACUGGAAGGGGGGUGAGAGUGUCCCGUACUGGUGAGGGGGUGAAAGUGUCCGUACUGGGAAGGGGGGGGGAAAGUGUCCGGAACUGGAAGGGGGGAAAGCGUCCGGACUGGAAGGGGGGGAAAGUGUCCAGA